UUCCUUCUUAAUAACUGGUCCCGGUUAUUAAGAAGGACUGGACAAAGGUCCGGAUAGGCGGAGAUGGGAAGGAAGCAGCUUAGGCAGAGGCUUUCGGGUAGGGCCAGGAGUCAGAAUCAGGCUUCUGUGGGGGCAUCUGGGCUGUUUCAAGUAGAGUAACAGGACAGGUGGGGCGACUGACAGUGGACUGUCUUAGAAACCUCAAGUCCUGGGGAAAUGCAGCCCUUCUUUCUACUCACUGGCACUUACAUAAUAUACAUGCGUAGGCGUUGGGUACAGCCGCCCACAGACAGGCACACCUUGCUGAAUUGGAAUCACUGCCCUCACUGCACCAUAACCAGUGGGUCUCCUGAGCCUUUCUGGCAUGCCCAGCCCCUUGCUCACAUCUGCCCUGGAUCCCAGAAGAAGCAGACCUACCUUGGUACCAUUCUUAGGAUCCCUAGGAAGGGACAAAGAUACAAACCUGACUUUGAUGGCCUUCCAGAAAGCCAGAACACCACUGACAUCCCUUUGGGUCAGUUAGAGCCAGUGGGAGCUCAACUUCUCAGAGCUGUUGAGCUUCACGUGGCACCAGUGAACUGGGGAAGCCCUCUAGAACAACCCAGCCAGAGGAGGUGGGACAGCGGCUGGAUCUUGACUGUGGGUAAAGAGGUAGGCACUCCCAGGGAGCCUGCUUUACCCUGUCUCUUCCCCACAGAGGAGGAUUGCCAAAAGUAUAUCUUGAAGCAGCAGCAGGAGGAGGCUGAGAAGCCUUUACAGGUGGCCGCUGUAGACAGCAGUGUCCCACGGACAGCAGAGCUGGCGGGCAUCACCACACUUGAUGACCCCCUGGGGCAUAUGCCUGAGCGUUUCGAUGCCUUCAUCUGCUAUUGCCCCAGCGACAUCCAGUUUGUGCAGGAGAUGAUCCGGCAACUAGAACAGACAAACUAUCGACUGAAGUUGUGUGUGUCUGACCGCGAUGUCCUGCCUGGCACCUGUGUCUGGUCCAUUGCUAGUGAGCUCAUCGAAAAGAGGUGCCGCCGGAUGGUGGUGGUUGUCUCUGAUGAUUAUCUGCAGAGCAAGGAAUGUGACUUCCAGACUAAAUUUGCACUCAGCCUCUCUCCAGGUGCCCAUCAGAAGCGACUGAUCCCCAUCAAGUACAAGGCAAUGAAGAAAGAGUUCCCCAGCAUCCUGAGGUUCAUCACUGUCUGCGACUACACCAACCCCUGCACCAAAUCUUGGUUCUGGACUCGCCUCGCCAAGGCCUUGUCCCUGCCCUAAAGACGGUUCUGAGGCCCUGGGUGUGUGUAUAUCUGUCUGCCUGUCCAUGUACUUCUGCCCUGCCUCCUCCUUUGGUUGUAGGAGGAAUCUGUGCUCUACUUACCUCUCAAUUCCUGGAGAUGCCAACUUCAUAGACACAUCUGCAGCAGCUGGACACCACAUUUCAUGUCCUGCAUGGAACCAGUGGCUGUGAGUGGCAUGUCCACUUGCUGGAUUAUCAGCCAGGACAGUAUAGAACAGGACCAGCUGGGACCAGGAGAAGGACCAUAAGAGCCAGCUCUGCUCUGAGCCAUUCAUACAUCUUCAGCCUCAGUUUCCUCACUUGAGGAGUAGGAUGGGGAGAACAGAGAGUAGCUGUGUUUGAAUCCCUGUAGGAAAUGGUGAAGCAUAGCUCUGGGUCUCCUGGGGGAGACCAGUCUUGGCUGCGGGAGAGCUGGCUGUUGCUGGACUACAUGCUGGCCACUGCUGUGACCACGACACUGCUAGGGCAGCUUCUUCCACAAUGAUGCCUACUGAUGCUUCAGUGCCUCUCUGCACACCUCCCAUUCCACUUCCUCCUUCCCCAUGGGCAGGUGGGGAAGCAGUUUAGCCCAGCCCAAGGAGAUCCCACCUUGAGCCUUAUUUCCUAAUGGGUCCACCUCUCAUCUGCAUCUUUCACACCUCCCAGCUUCUGCCCAACCUUCAGUAGUGACAAGUCCCCAAGAGACUCGCCUGAGCAGCUUGGGCUGCUUUUCAUUUCCGCCUGUCAGGAUGCCUGUGGUCAUGCUCUCAGCUUCACCUGGCAUAAGAAGGGAUCCUGGCCUCUGGCAUAUUCAUUAAGUAUGAGUUCUGGGGAUGAGUCACUGUAAUGAUGUGAGCAGGGAGCCUUCCUCCCUGGGCCACCCGCAGAGAGCUUUCCCACCAACUUUGUACCUUGAUUGCCUUACAAAGUUAUUUGUUUACAAACAGCAACCAUAUAAAAGCCUCCUGCCCCAAAGCUUGUGGGCACAUGGGCACAUAUAAACUCACACACAGACACACACAUAUAUGUACAGACGUGUACUCUCACACACACAGGCACCUGCAUACACAUGUUUUUCUAGGUACAGCUUCCAGGAACAGCUAGGUGGGAAAGUCCCAUCACUGAGGGAGCCCAACCAUGUCCCUGAACAAAAAUUGGGCACUCUUGUAUUCCUUUUCUCGUGUCCCUACUCAUUGAAACCAAACUCUGGAAAGGACCCAAUGUACCAGUAUUUAUACCUCAAAUGAAGCACAGAUAGAGGAGGAGAGCUGCUUAAACUCACACAACAAUGAACUACAGACACAGCUGUUCUCUCCCUCUCUCUUUCCCAGAGCGAUUUGUACUUUACCCUCAAGCUCUCCUUUGGGGAGAAGGUGCCAUGGUCUUAGGUGUCUGCGCCCCAGGGCAGACCCUAGGACCCUAAAUCCAAUAGAAAAUGCAUCUCUUUGCUCCACUUUCAGCCAGACUGGAGCAAGGUGCCUUUUCUUAGGAUCUUGGGAGGGAAUAGAGGCCCCUCUCUACAUGAUCUUGUUGAGGCGCUUAGCUGCCAUGCACCUGUUCCCCUUUAAUAUUGGGCAUUUUAAAGCAAUCUCGAGAAGCAUCUUCUACUUGUUUUGUAUGCAUUAAGAUAACUUCAAAGAUAUCUGAGAAAAGCCGAUAUUUGCCAUUCUUCCUGUAUCCUGGAAUAUAUCUUGCAUCCUGAGUUUAUAAUAAUAAAGAAUAUUCUACCUUGGAAA